AUGACCCACCAAACCCAUGCUUAUCAUAUAGUCAACCCCAGCCCCUGACCCUUAACAGGAGCCCUCUCCGCCUUACUUCUAACAUCUGGCUUGGUAAUAUGAUUCCACUUUAAUUCCUCCUUUAUUCUGAUACUAGGUCUAACAGCUAACACCCUAACAAUAUACCAGUGGUGACGAGAUAUUGUACGAGAGGGCACAUUUCAAGGUCACCAUACAUCAAUUGUCCAAAAAGGCUUACGAUAUGGUAUAGUACUAUUUAUUAUCUCAGAAGUAUUCUUUUUUGCCGGGUUUUUCUGAGCAUUUUAUCAUUCUAGUCUAGCCCCAACUCCCGAACUAGGCAGCUGCUGACCCCCAGUAGGAAUCAAUCCACUUAAUCCUCUAGAAGUACCACUAUUAAAUACCUCUGUCCUCUUAGCUUCAGGAGUGUCAAUUACUUGAGCUCACCAUAGCCUAAUAGAAGGAAACCGAAAACAUAUGAUUCAAGCACUAUCAAUCACAAUUGCUUUAGGACUUUACUUUACUCUCCUUCAAGCCUCUGAAUACCUAGAAACAUCUUUUACAAUUUCAGAUGGUGUAUAUGGCUCGACAUUUUUUAUAGCUACAGGUUUCCAUGGUCUCCAUGUCAUAAUUGGAUCAACCUUUCUUCUAGUAUGUCUUAUUCGUCAGCUAAACUUUCACUUUACAUCAAAUCAUCACUUUGGAUUUGAAGCAGCCGCAUGAUACUGACACUUCGUAGAUGUCGUAUGACUCUUCCUCUAUGUAUCUAUUUAUUGAUGAGGCUCAU